GGAAGUUGAGAUUGACUUUUUUUCCAUAUGAUGACGUAUAUCCAAGUGAAACGGCUUCUGAGAUGAGAAAAAAAUGUAGGGCGGGGCUUGAUUUCGUCCUUCGGGAACUUAUUGGAUCGUUGGAAGUAGGCGUAGCUUAACAAAAUGGAGGCAGAUUUGAACGUCAGUUUGCAUUCGAUUGUGGAGGAUUGCUCUCCACCGGAAUCACCGCCGACAUCCUCAGAUGUAGGAUUUUUUAUUGAGGAGUCCGAUGACGACGACAAUGAGAACGAGGAGCUACGUUUUGAACAAGGAAUCACCCCAUAUUCAUUUGAACCACUGCCUCCCGCGAACCAUGAGAGUGACCGAGAUGAGGCGACUGAUGGUCGAGUUCACCCUCGAGAGCAUCUCAACGUUUCCGAGUGGUGUUCCUGUGGCUUCUGCAUGAAUAUGGCCACUGGUCCUGAAAAACUGUGUUGUAGGCAGAUUAGGCAGGUUAUGUACAAUUGUUCUGAAGCUCACCCCCAACCUGAAUGCAUGACUCAACAUCCUGGGUUUGAAGCAGUCUGUCUCAAUCCAUGGGUUCUGCAAGUUGAGUAUGCCUCCAUGCUGCAGUAUUAUGGUGAAUAUGACCAAGAAGAUUUUACAGAAGAGGAACGAUACCGUCACACUGCCUACAGGACAUUUGUGAGAUGGUGCUGGGGCUACUUGGGGAAAUGUGUCCGUGUUGUUAUCCCAUCAUGUAUUGUACAAAAAAUCAGACAUACAUUUCCUUCUGAACAAUACCAAGGAUUCCAACUGCCUCGCUUGCAUGCUUAUUAAAACAAUGUUUACAAUUUUUAAUAAAUGAUGCCAAGACUUGA